AUGGCGUCUGAAAUGAAGCAGCCAGAAGUCUACUGGACGAAACCAAACGCCCACUGUCCCAACUCUCGCCUCCCUGUCCUGGUCUACCGUUCAGUCCUACCAGAUGAUAUGACCGAAGAGAGCGUGAGCAAGGCCAUCGGUGCGAAUCAAUGGUUCCACGGCGGGACCUUCAAACACUACCCCUCCGCCCACUUCCACAGCAACACCCACGAAUGCUACGCCGCCAUCUCCGGCCGCACGCACUGUCUCUAUGGCGUCGGCCCACUGGACGAUCUAAGCGACGGUGUAGAGUUUGAUAUGCAAGCGGGAGAUAUCGCUGUGCAUGCUGCGGGAGUUGCUCACAGGAAUACAGAGAGCAGUGAGGAUUAUGUGUAUAUGGGAUUGUAUCCGAAGGGGGCACCGAAGUGGAAUAAUAACUUCUGUAAGGCGGAUGAGGGGGAGACGAGGGCGAAGGGGGAGGAGGCUAGUGGUGUUGAUGUGCCCGAUUGGGAUCCUGUUUAUGGGUUUAAUGCUGUGACCGGAGGAGGCAGUGGCAUUGGCUUCGCCUUUGUCAAACAGUGCCAUGCCAAAGGUGCUCGUAUCAUAAUCGGGGACUUGAAGCUCACCAGCGACGCCGAGCAAUACGUUUCGAAAACCAAAGACUCUGAGGUUGCUUUCCAGAAGUGCGAUGUGACGUCCUGGGACGAUCUGCAUGACUUGAUCUCCGCGUCAGUCGAGAAGUUUGGUGCAGUCCCGGACGUAUAUGCUCCAAUUGCCGGCAUUUAUGAACCAUCAUGGUCCAACUUCUGGGACGAUGAGACGUCUGGCUCGUACAAGACCAUUCGCAUCAACGUGGACCACCCCAUCAAGUUCACGCGCUUAGCGAUGCGUGCCCUGGCCGGAGCAGAGAAGCAAGGCGUGGUCUGCUUGGUGGCAAGCACAGCUGGCAUCCGCGCCAACUAUCUCGCCAGCCUGUACACUGCGUCAAAGCACGCAAUCGUCGGUUUUGCCAAAGCUAUGGGGCAAGCAGAUGUUGAUGAAGGCGUGAAGAUAAAUGCCGUCCUGCCUGGCCUCGUCACUAGUCCGCUUUGGCUCGACCGAGAGGACAACAUGAUAGAAUGGGGAAAGUAUGCUGGUAGGAAGCAGCUGCAGCCUGACGAUAUUGGAGAGCUCAUGGUAAGAAUGGUUGAGAGUAAGGAAUAUGAGGGCGGUACUUGCGUACUCAAGACUCCGUACGAGGAGCGGAUUCAGGAGGAAGGCCACACGAAGCUGCAGCAGAAGAUGAAGGAGUACGAUCCGUCUCCGAGACCGGAGGCAGCCUUGGACAGGAUCAAGGAUAACUUGCAAAGCGAGAGAGGGAAGAACUGGACUUAA